AUGACGCUAGUGAACCUUCAGGCCAUCGCCCGAUUCGCUUGCGAUGCUAUAGUACCGUGGGUUAAGCCAGGAGCAGCAUGGCUCAGAUCUCGUCGUCGCCCCCCGGCUAAAAGAUCUGUGAAGUCCGGACAAUUGUCCGCUACAAAGCCCUAUGGUCACGGUGAGCUUCAUUGCCACAAGUGGAUGAAAAAGCGUACGUACUUCGACCCACUUCUGUUCAGCACAGGGCUGGCUAGUGCCCUCAAUAGGAGGCGCCAAGCGGAGACCCUGAAAGAGCUGGACAAUAUAUCAGGAUGGGUCGUUCUGAAAUAUUCGUCGUUCCUUUUGGAGAAUCCUGAGAUUGUCAGCACGCGCAGCUAUCCUACAGCGCAGAAUCAUGCCUUCUCCGCCUCCUCCUGUGGACUCUGGAUUGAAGGCAACAUCAUUGAAGAAGCCGAGCGCCGUAGCACGCUAAAUCCAGGCAUGACAGUCGUAGAAGCCACCGGUGGCAGCACUGGUUCUUCUCUUGCCUUCAUCUCUCGGCAAAGGGAUACCGAUUCCGAGUGCCGCUAUGGUUAUGGGAGUAUCAUGCGUUCUGAAGUCUAUGUGCCGGAUACGCGAGUUGUGGUUUUAGAGCCGGCCUCUUCUCCUGUCAUUACUGAAGGUCGCACUGGAUCUCAUAGUGUUGAGGGAAUUGGGAAUGGCUUUGUGCCGCCGCACCUGGAUCCAAAGCUGUAUGAUGAAGCACGAGGAAUCUCAGAGAGAGAAGGCCGUGCUAUGUGCAGACGGUUGGCUCGUGAGGAAGGCUUAGUGGUCGGAACCUCGACUGGUCUUAAUGUUGUUGCCGCCAUUGCUCUUGCCAAAGAACUCGGCCCUGGCAAGACGGUGGUUACCGUCGCCGUGGAUACGGGCCUCAGGUAUAUGAACGGAAACCUCCUGGCAGAUGCUUGA